AUGCUACUGACUGUUCCUACCCUCCUUGCUUUCCUGCUCGGAUUUGUCCAGGCAGUCUCCUGGUCCAUAGUCCUACCAGAGAACAACACCUGGGUUGAGCAACAACUCAUCGUUGCCGUUCCGCCGUAUCCUAAUGAGGAUAUAUUUGGUCCAUGGAUAUUCUCGGCAUGCUUCUUCCCGUCCAACUCUUGCCGUCCUUCUUACUGCCCGAAUCCGUACACCGUAGGGGAGGUCAAUCCCGCUAACCCCAGCCCUGGGUUUCCCCAGAAAUGGGCUGUGAAUCUCAUGGCCAUACCUUGGAACUAUACCUCUGGGGGUGUGAUCCAAAGCCAAGGUCUUUGGGUCGCUGAGGGUGAUAAGAUUUCAUCCCGAUCAACAUGGGAGGCGGAUCAACACGAAUGGAUGCAGAGAGCAAAGGACCCGAAUGGGAAAAUGAGCCCACAUGAGGUGGAAUUGACUUCCCCAGCAAGUAACUGGAAGGGCGACGGUGCGGGGGACGAUAACACGCAUCAGGUGGUGUGCGAAUCUCAGUUAUAUGGGGACCAAACUUCCUAUUGGAACUUUCCCGUCACGUUCAUUGGCAUGAUAUUCCGCGCAGCUAACUCCAAUGGGGUCGCAACUGCGUGUAGGUCGGCGAGCUCAACUGGUGUAGACGGAGAUGUCACGGCUGAGGGGUUUAGAAUGCCGGACGCUCAGUCCUGCUACUGGGACACCCUUACAUUCACUCCUUGGAGAGAGUAG